AUGGAACAAUUCACCGUCCGAGUCAAUACCUGGAAACGAUUGGAACAGCUAAGAGUUUCGAUCAUUCAUCACGCAUCGUGUCCUGGCGUAGCACAAGUCCAAGUCGUGUGGUGCGAAGCUCAAGGAGAACCCCCGUCUUGGCUGUUGACUCUGAACGACAAGAUUGUAAUCGAACGACAUUCCGUAAACUCGCUCAACGAGCGGUUCCACAUGCUCGUUGAGCCUCCCACUAUUGGUAUCCUAUCAAUCGACGACGACGUACUACGACCCUGCCUUGCCCUUGAUGCCGGCUUUGUGAGGUGGACACAGCAUCCCGACCGAAUGGUGGGAUUUGACGCACGCUCACAUACUGUACAGGGAAAAAAGCACGGUGGCUCUUGGGCGUACGGAUAUUUGAGUACAACAGAGCGGACGAAUCGCUAUUCCAUGACCCUCACUCGAUACGCCUUUUUGCACCGCGAUUAUCUACGAUCCUACACAAACGACUUGCCACCCUCGAUUCGAUCAUACAUAGAUGAACAUUUUAAUUGCGAAGAUAUCGCCAUGACGUUUUGGGUGUCAUCUCAUACCAAUGGUCAGCCGCCACUGCUGGCCGACUUUUGGGCCGUCAAGUCACAAGUCAAGCUCUAUUCCGACGCAGCCAUUUCAUCCACCAGUGACCAUAAGGCCAUUCGAGAUAUUUGCGUGGAUCGCUUC